GUCACGUUGACUGACGCAGAGAGAGAGAGAGAGAGAGCGAACGAAAACCAGAGAGACAAUGUCAUCGAACGCAGCGGCACCGUUUUGGCGCGCAGCCGGUAUGACCUACAUCACCUACUCCAACAUCUGUGCGAAUCUGGUACGGAAUUGCCUCAAGGAGCCUUACAAGACCGAAGCCAUUUCUCGCGAGAGGGUCCACUUCGCCGUCUCCAAGUGGGCUGAAGGCAAGCCCGAAAAGCCCACUAUUCGUACGGAUACACCUGAAGCAUGAGUUGAGAGCGAUGUUGGACUGCUCAUGCGCUUGUGUUACGCAGAUGUUUUCUUCGUCCAUUUGAUCGAUGUGAUUAUAACGGGGUUUUUUAUGCCCAAAACUUUCAGACAUGGAGUCUAAUCUGUGUUUCUGCAUGAUCUUUCUGUUAUAAUAAUGUAAUUGACAUUGAUGAAGUGCUUGAUUAUUGAGUAGUGUAAUGUCCUUGUCAAGGUCUAAAA